UCAACCAACACGCUAAUAUAUUAAAAUUCCCCCACUUGUUCCGUCAAUAUAAUCCCAGGCAAUCAACCCAAAUCCAAUCAACACAAAUUUUUCACAAAAUCAAAUACAAAUAUUUGCAUUAAUAACUACAAAUAUGUUUAUGUUUACCAAUUGUUUCGGAAAGGAAAAAAUAUACACCAAAGAAAAGGUGGCAAAGCUCCAUUUCUACGUGCAAGACCUCCGCAUCGGCCACGUCAAUGCGACGGUGUCGGAGGUGGCCACCGCCUCCGUCACAAAGGAUUCCCCCUACAACUUCGGCAGUGUCCACGUCCUGGACGACCUCGUCACCGCGGGGCCGGAGAUGGACUCCCGCCCCGUGGGCCGCGUGCAGGGCCUCACCACCAACGCCGAUCUCUCCACCUACGGCAUCGCCAUGAACCUCAACUUCUACUUCACGGCGGGGAAGUUCGCCGGCAGCCAGCUCAGCCUCCUCGGCCGGAAUCAGGUCUUGGACGACAAGAGGGAGCUGCCCGUGGUCGGUGGGACCGGCGCGUUCCGGUUCACGCGCGGCUACGCCAUCCAAUCCACCUACUCGAACGAUUUUCCGGCCCACUACGCCGUGUUGGAGUACACCGUGUACGCCACCUAUGAUUCGGAGAUCGGAAAAAGCGAUGAAGAUGUUGAGGUUUUUUAAUUUUGAGUUAAUUUAUUUUAUUAAUUUGCCUUUGAUUGUAUUAGUGAUUAUAGUGUGAUGGGGUUAAUGUGAGGUGGUAGUACAAGUUGUGAUUUUAGUGGUGUGGUGUGGUUGCUUUUUGUAAGGGAGUACAUUAUUGUCUUCAGCUGUGUGGAUAUAAAUGGAUUCCAUUUGGCCAUUGUGAUA